AUGAAAGAUUCUAUAGUACGAGGAACAUAUGAGGAACAAGUAGCUGAUUACGAAGGCCUUGAUAUCUCGGUAACAUGCUGGAAAGAUAAUAAGGUUGUCACAUUAGCGUCAACUUAUGUAGGCUCCGAACCAGCCGAAACUGUGAAUAGAUACGACAAGAAACAAAAGAAACAAAUUUCCAUAGCUUGUCCAAAAAUAGUCAAAGAUUAUAACGUCCAUAUGGGAGGAGUUGACCUCAUGGAUAGUUUUUUGGGUAGGUAUAAAAUCAGAAUAAAAAGUCGCAAGUGGUAUAUCAGAUUAUUUUAUCACAUGGUUGAUAUGGCAGUGAUCAAUUAUUGGAUACUGUAUAAGAAAAAAUACCCAAAUCUUACCUUAGAAGAUUACAGAUCUGAACUUGCAGAGACUUUAUGCUCCUAUAAAAAGUACGAUACAAAUAAAAGAGGAAGACCCUCAAGCAAUAAUGUAGAAAGGGUGAUCGAAGCUAAAAAACACUGA